GAGAGAGAGAGAGAGAGAGAUAGAGAAAAAAAUUAUAUUUCUUUUUUUUCUUUUUUUUUUUUUUUUUUUUUCAUUUUCAUUCAAAAGUUUAUAUUAAAAAUCAGAAGCAGACAUGAGACGAGGAUCGGUAUCGACUUGGGAAACUUUUGGAAGGAGAAGCUCUGCAAACAUGGCACAGUAUAUCGGGGGACCUGCACAAUUUAUGACAAGCGACGAUAUCAAAUACAGACCAACCGAUGGUUGGUUUAUAUCAUACAAAAAAGCGACCAGUAUCGUAAUAUUUAUUAUUUUUAUUCUGAUCGUUGUUGGUCUAAUCGGUUGGUACGGUCAUACGACGCCGACAAAACGAGUGCACGACGCAUUCAGUUUGAUAAACGGCGAAUCGACAAAAGAAAUGGCUAAGCCCAGUCAUAUUUCUUCACACAUUCGUCCAUUAAAAUAUUGGCUUUAUUUUAAACCUACGAUCAUGGAUUACGAUAAUAAUAAUAAUAAUAAUAAUGAUAGUAAUAGUAAUAGUAAUAAUAAUUCGUCCGUAUUAAUGGGACGAGUUGUUAUAAAAUUUGAAAUUGAUUCUUCGAAUCGAUUGCAAAAAUUAUCAUUGAACGCUAUUAAUAUUACAAUGAAACAAUACGAGUUGUCACUUUUGAUCGACGAGGAUUCCGAAGUACCUAAGAAAAGAUAUAAGAGAGAAAACGAGACUAACGUUAUCGUUAAAAGCAUUGAAAAUGAAAACGAUACAACGUCGGACGAUAAAAAUUCUACGAUCGUGUCUAUGGACGAAUCGAAUAAGGUUAUCGUAAACUUAGAAAACGAUCCUAAUAUCCCUUUAGAAAAUGGAACAACCUACGGGGAGGAAGAAACUGGACUUGUCCCGGCAAAUGGCACUUUGCCGUUCGACUUCAAAGUGUCCAAGAUCAAAGACGACUGGUUUUCCGUGAAUGGUAUAGGAAAGGGAGACGAAAUCGUUCAGAUAAAGGAAUACGAAAUAGACCAAGUGAAUGGACUUCACGUGAUACGUCCAACGGAAAAGUUGAAACGUGGUGUUUACUUUUUGAUGAUCGAUUUCGAAGCAAAUCCAACGAACGAUGUCUUUUACGUCGUUGAUUCGAGUUUCAACGAAGAGAAUAAGAGGAUGAUGGGAACGUUAUUAAAAACGGCAGGAGCCAGUCGUUUAUUUCCUCUUUUCGACGAGAUAUACCUCAGAGCGAUUUUCUCUUUAUCCGUUGAACGUCCCAAGGAGAUGAGAGUAUUAUCGAAUAUGCCUUUGAGGAGUACGAAGGAUGCUUCAGAUAAUUGCCUGAUCGAUACAUUCAACGAUACACCCCCGAUAUCACCUCACAAUUUGGCAUUCGUCGUUGGUAAUCUCGAGGCAGUGAUUCAAACGUUGAUCAACUCGAAGAUAUUUGUUACGUUUUGGGCCGAGUUCAAUACUACUUCUCAGGGAUUCUACUUGUUGAACAAAGUCGAGCCUACCAUAGUUGGUUUGACCGACAUAUUUUCGAUAUCCUAUUGGCUACCAAAGUUGGACUUGGUUUGUCUACCUUGGAAAAUUGUUAGAUCGUCGGGAAAUCCUGGUCUUAUCACUAUGCGGAAGUCGUUGUUUUACGCCGACGAUCGAUCGCCCUUGGUUACGAGAACGGAAGCCUUGAAGACAUUAAUAGGUUUGCUCGGGGAACAAUGGCUUGGCGGUCGGGUCAACGUGAAAAGUUGGACGAAUGCUUGGAUAUUGGAAGGAUCGUUACUUUAUUUUCAACAUCUAUUGAUUGAAAAGAUAGAUCCGUCAUUGGGAUUCGCUCAUUCCUUCGUCACCGACGUUGAAACGAAAGCGAUGGAGUCCGACGGAUAUGAUUCCUCAAGGUCGUUCCAAGUGAAAAUCAAUCCACUUCGCAUAAGAUUGUUAUCCAUGGCACGUAAUAUGAGAGGAGCAUGUCUGAUUCGCAUGUUGCAUGCCACGAUAAGCAAUGAUACCGCCUUUAGGAUCGCCUACAAGAAGCUCCUAACGAGGUAUCAAGACGACGGAAGCAUCGAUGCAACGGAAUUUUGGAAUUUCAUGAACGAAGAAGCAAAAGAAUUUCCGGAUAACUUAUCUCCGAAAGAAAUAAUAGAUACUUGGAUUUCUCAGACUGGAUAUCCUCUCGUUACCGUUUUGAGGAAUUAUGAAGAAGGAUCUGCCAUCGUCAGACAGAAAAAGUUUUCUUACGAUGUGCCAACGGCGGAAAGGAAUGAUUUAUGGUAUAUACCUUUGACUUAUGUUGGAAUUGAUGACGAUUGGUCGAGUCCUAAGAAGGAAUGGCUCGAAAAGGAAAGGGAACAAAUCUUUUACAACGUUAGUACGAUCGAUGAAAAAAAUCAAACUGGUUGGAUCUUAUUUAACGUCAACAAAACUGGUUACUAUCGUGUUAAUUACGACGAAAAAAAUUGGCAACUGCUCGCAAUGGCAUUGGAUGAAAAUCACGAAGCUUUCCCAGUAGAGACAAGAGCAUCCCUCGUGGACGAUGUCUUUGCUCUGGCAGCAGUUGGCUCUUCGAAAUAUGAGACGGCUUUUGGCUUUAUUAAAUAUAUGCAAAUUAAGGAAAGACAUUACGCACCAUGGAGCGCUUUCGCGCAUCACGUUUUCAAAUUAAAUAACGUUCUUUAUGAGACCUCCGCCUUCCUCGACUUUCAGGAAUUUCUACAAAAAUUUAUUACGCCAUUGUACAACGAGGUGACAGAGAAACUCGAGGAAGGAUCACCGCUUACGUUAUUCGCUGUAAAAUUAGCAUGUCUUUCGGAACAUUCGAAAUGUCUCGAUUGGGCCAAACAAAGUUUCGUCGAAUUAAAGAGAAAUCCAUCCUUCAAGCACACGAUUCCAAUGUACAUACGUCGAACGUUGUAUUGUACAAUCGCAAGGCAUGGUGGUCAUGACGAAUGGAAUUAUUUUUAUCAAAAAGCACGAAACAGUAUGAAAACUGAAGAAAAAUAUAAUCUUUUGUCCUCCUUCGGUUGUUUCCAAAUUCCUGGUGUUCUUCAGUCAAUCAUCGAUGAGAUCCUUCAGGAUGAUAUAUAUAACGACGAUGAAAUAUGUAUGAUAUUAAAAUCCUUUUCAAGGAAUCCAAUUGCAUCUCGAAUGGCUUAUAAAUUUAUUAUGCUUAAUUGGAAGAAUAUACUGAAAAGAUUUCAUGAUUCUUAUUCGAUAAUAAGGUCCUUCAUCCUGGCGAUGAUGAAUAGUGUUACGAACGAACAGGAUUUAAUGGAUCUUCACACCUUUUGGGAAAGUAAUUAUGAAUCCAUAAAGACUAUUAAAUAUGCUGCAGCUUUGGUCGAGGCUAAAGCGAAUUUUGCAAUUUCGUUGAUUAAAAAUUAUUCCCAGGAUAUAAAGGAAUGGUUAAAGGACAAUAAUGAUUCGGGUGUUUAAUUCGCGAGAGAAAGAAGAAAAAGAAAGAAAGAAAGAAAGAAAGAAAGAAAAAAAAACCAAAUAUUUCGAGAAUUUAUAUUUUUUCAUAGAGACGAGCCAAGUCUUUCCGUGGUAAUGAAUUCCACGAGACAUUGAGAUAUAAGACUUUUAUGAUAGCACCAUUGUCACAUAAAUCUUGUGAGAUUAUUAGAUCAACAGAAAAAGAAAAAGAAAAGAAAAAUAAGAAGAAAAAGAAGAAGAAGAAGAAGAAGAAAAUAAAUGUAUAUAAAAGGAUCAUUUAUCCUUUUAUUAGUUGAAAGGACGGAAAGAAAUUGGUAGAGAAAAUUACGUGAACUUUCUACGACAACAAGUUUUAUUCUCCGAAUGCUUUUCUCAAAGCAUGAUUACAAAACCAAGCAACAAGAAUCUCGUCCUUACAUCGAGUAGCCUUAGGAUGAUAGUCGUUAAUAUAAUAUUAUUUUAAAUAGGUACAUAUUUAACAAACGAUAGGUAAUAUUGUAUCUAACGAUAAUAAUCAUUACUCAAAUA